AUGUCCAUCAAAAGGGCUCUCUCCAAAGCCAUCCGUGGCCAUCUGGGUGAUGAUGACUCCUCCGGCACCGGCAUUCGGUCCACUCUCUCUCCCAAACCACGUACCUCCACCUCUCGCGAUUCCAUGUCCCCGACCUCGCCUCGUCGCAGCAUCCUCGGCAACUUCCUACGAGAACGCGACUAUGUCUCGUCGUCCGAUGAUUUCUCCGAUGAUUCCUCCAGUGGUGCCCUGAGCAAGAAUCAGCAAAAGCGCCUGGUGCGUCAGCAGCGUCGCUCCGAGCGAAGCCGACUCAGCGAGGAGCAAUUCUCCGAGUCCGAUCAUCGUCGCAAGGAGGAGGAACUGGCCAAAGCGGCCGAGGAGGAGACCGCCGAGAUGAAAGCCCGCUAUGGCGAGCUCCCCCUGAUGCAGUCGCAGGACCGAAAGCAUGAGGACCGCCUUCGCCUCGACCAGAUCACCCCGGACAUGGUUGGACAGCAGGUCUAUUUCACCGCCCGUCUGCACGUCAUCCGCCGGAUGAGCGCCAAGCUGGUCUUCCUCGUCUUCCGCCAGCAGCUGGAGACCUUCCAAGGUGUGCUUCACGAGCGCGCCGGCAUCUCCUCAGUCGUCAUGGUCCAGUGGGCCGAGCACUUGCGGGUGGGAUCCUUCGUGCGUAUUCGCGGUACCAUCCAGAAACCGGAUGUCCCCGUUCUGGGAUGCAGUAUCCACGAUGUUGAACUGUCCAUCGACUCGGUCCACCUUCUCGUGAAACGCGAGGAACCCGUCCCUUUCAGCGUCUACGAGGCCGAGAUCCGCACCAACGAGGAGGAUAAGGUGGAGGGCCGUCGCAGCCACAUCCCGGACCGCACCCGCCUGUCCAACCGUCUGCUAGACCUACGGACCGCGACCUCGCAGUCUAUCUUCCGUCUUCAAUCCGCAACUUGCAACCUGUUCCGCAGCGCCCUCGACGAGCGUGAGUUCAUCGAAAUCCAUACCCCCAAGCUCCAGGGAGCCGCCACCGAGUCUGGAUCCAGUGUCUUCCAAGUGAACUACUUUGGCCGUCCUGCAUUCCUGGCCCAAUCCCCUCAAUUGGCCAAACAGAUGGCCAUCGCUGCUGAUUUCGGCCGUGUGUACGAAAUUGGCGCCGUCUUCCGUGCCGAAAACUCCAAUACCCACCGUCACUUGACCGAGUACACCGGAUUGGAUAUUGAAAUGGCCAUCGAAGAGCACUACCACGAAAUGCUGGAGACCCUCGAUGCGGUCAUCAAAAACAUUCUGAGUGGCAUCUACACCAAGUACCGCAAGGAGAUCGAGCACGUCAAGCACCAGUUCCCCUCGGAAGAUGUCAAAUGGUUGGAAAAGACCCCCAUUAUUCGCUUUUCCGACGGUAUUCAGAUGCUUAAUGACUCAGGCUGGCGUGAUGAAGAUGGCAAGCCCUUGCCACUGGACGAGGAUCUGGCGACUCGAGACGAAAUCCGUCUUGGUCAGUUGGUGAAGGAGAAAUACGACACUGACUAUUAUGUUCUUGACAAGUUCCCUCGCGGCGCUCGUCCCUUCUAUACUAUGCCAGAUGCCGAAGAUGACAAGUAUACAAACUCAUUCGACAUGUUCAUUCGAGGCCAAGAGAUCGUGUCUGGUGGUCAACGUAUCCACGACCCACACAUGCUGGAAGAAAACAUGCGUCGCGUUGGCAUCAACCCCGAUGACAUGGAAGACUACAUGGAGGCGUUCCGCUGGGGUGCGCCACCUCACGCGGGUGCCGGUGUUGGUCUUGAGCGUCUUCUGAUGCUCCUCCUCCAGGUGGGCAACAUUCGUCUCACCUCGCUCUUCCACCGUGACCCCAAGAGCCUGCCAGCCAAGCCUCCCGUGCAGCAGCUUCGUCAUCCGGAGGCAUCUACCAUGGAGCCCCCAUGGUUCACUGCACAGCCCUCGCGCCGCGUUGCCUCGGAUGAGAGCGAGCUCCAGCCGUUGGAGAAAUUGGUUGCCAAUUAUGGCGAUGCCACCUCCACCUCUUGGUUCGACGAGCGGUUCAAGAUCUGGCGUGACAUGUCUACCGGUGCAGCCGUUUCCUACGUUCCUAGCUCUCACAACUACGCCAUCAUUCCCGGUAACCCGGCCUGCGACCCUUCCCAGUACACUCGCACUAUUACUCAGUUCCUGCAGUGGCUGAGACGCGAUACCAAGCUCAAGCCCGUCUGGAUCCUUUGCUCACCCGAGGUCGAGACCAUCCUUGGAGAGCGUUUAGGAUGGCGCAGCUUGUCUUGCAUUGCUGAAGAGCGCGUCGAGCCAUCUCGCAACCAGGCCGCUUCGGAUGGCGAGAUUGCCAAGAAGCUGCGCCGUGCGGAGACCGAGAACAUCAAGGUCGUGUCUUUGAGCCAGGGCGAGCUGCCUUCUGAAGAAAUUCGCAAGAAGAUCGAUGAGCGUAUCCAUGAGUGGCUGGCCAACCGCAAGGGUACCCAGGUGCAUCUCUCGGAGAUUCGCCCGUGGAUCGACUCUGAGCAUCGCUGGUACUUCUACGCACUCGACAAGAACGGCGUCAUCUGCGCUUUCGUUGCCUUGGCCAUGCUCUCUCCAGAUCACGGUAUGCAAGUCAAGUACAGCUUAGAUUUCCCCAACUCACCGAACGGUGUAAUCGAAUACAUCGUUACGGAGGCCAUUCAGACUGCCGCCAAGGGCGGCGUGAAGGGACUGACCUUCGGUGCCGGCGCCACCAGCCAGCUCAUUCCGGGCCACAACAUGCACGGCACCAAGAUUAAGAUGCUGGAACACACUUACGAGGCACUGGCCAAGCAGUUCCAUCUCGUCCGCAAGAGCGAGUUCCGCGCCAAGCUGGGUGCUACCGAGGAGCCUUUGUACAUCUCGUACCCAGCCCACGGUCUAGGGUCGAAGGGUAUUCGCGCUAUCCUGAACUUUUUCGAAGAUUAG